AUGGGGAGCCAAGGUGAAUCCGAACAGCCACUCACCCCCGCUGGCCGCGCUCUGCCGGGGCUGGAGACGCCGCGCCGGGAAGGAAGUUGGCCGCCGCCGCCGCCGCCUCCCGGUUCUCCCGGCGCCCAGGAGCGACGGGGCGGGGGUCCCGCUACCCCCCGGCCAAAGGCGGGGCCGCGUGAUCGGCAGGCAGGGCUGGCCAAUGCGGAGGCGGGUGGGCGGUCUCCGCCGCCUCGCCUGGCCAACUUUCCCGGGAAAGGGCGGCUGUGCCCAGCCCGACGGGCGCCUCCCUUCUCCUCGCCUGCCUCGCUCGCCCGCCCGCCCUCCGUCGGGGCAGCGGCCUCCUGCCCUGGCCGGGCCCGGGGCGCUUCGCCUUGGCCGGCACCUUCCGUGUCUCGGGUUGGAGCAGCAGGGCCGGAGGCAUUUCAAGUGGCAGGAAGUUCCGAAGGAUUCGAGAAUUUUGGGGGAAGGGUCGCCGGGGGAUGGCCAAAGUGGACCCUCAAACUUGACCCGGCACGGGAGCCGUCCCCGACCCGAAUGAACGAAUUCAAAUGGAACUACAAGGAAAAGUUGUCCCAGGAAGUGAAUCAGCUCCAAACCCGAGUUGAGUAAUGAGUAAAUAAAUUUAAAUCUGGACCUAUGAACCCAAUCACAAUUAUCUAACUUGGAAAAUUAUCUAAUUUAUAACAAAACAAUCCUCCCUACUAACUUUAUCAAUGGUGAUUCCCAACAUCGAUCUACUUUAUUCAAUACUUAGGACAGAUAGAAAUUUGAUUAAGGCCAUUGAUCAAAUGGGUUUUAAGGAUCUCGAGGGAAUUCAUACCAUUUCAAAGUUACUGUAAUGUAUCUUUAAAUAUUUUGGCGGGAAACAAGCACGUUGCUGAUUGGUUGAAGCCGCCAGUUGAACUGUAUAUAAGGAGAGGUUUUUCCCCAGC